AUGCCCCCUCUGCAUAAUCCUGUCCCCGUCGGGGCACUCUGCCCACAGUUCUACGGGUACUACACGCCUGAUGAUUUGACUGACGGUACCGGUCGUUCUAAUUAUCUGAGUCCGAUAUUACUCCUGGAGCACCGUGGCCGCGAGAUAGAUCCAGAAGAGUUAUGUCGGGAUGACAAGCAAGAGUGCGCGUCUCUUGUCUUCCGCUUUCAUGAAGCGGCGAGGAACAUCCUGUGGCAACAGGGCAAGCCAACGGAGUGGCCGAUGCAACGGCUGUUGUCGGGCAAGAGCUUCCGCCUCAUAGACUUUGGUAGAUCGAAGGAAUUGGAAAACUCAAACAGCCGAGCGGCCGAGGAAGCCAUGGCUGUGCGGUUGCUCCGCUUGUUGCAUUAUAAUUUUAAAUGAUGGAGUCAUCGGACUGGAAAGAAUUUGUUUUCCAACGAUGUAUAUGC